AUGCUGCCAGGCUGCCCCGCCACCGUCGCCGUCGCCCGUGCCCACGCCGACACCCAACUCGAUCGGAAGCACAGCACUUACAAACUCAAUCAGCAAAGCCCUAAAGCCAAGUGCGAGUGCGACUACCUGCAUUGCACCUUGGCUAGCCCUAGACAUGGAGAAGUGGAGAACGACGGCGUCCCCAACGGACCAACGGCGCCGGCGCCUACCCAGGUGACGCCAGUGGUGCGGGAGCAGGACCGGCUGAUGCCAAUCGCGAACGUGAUCCGCAUCAUGCGCCGCGCGCUCCCUGCCCACGCCAAGAUCUCCGACGACGCCAAGGAGGCAAUUCAGGAAUGCGUGUCGGAGUUCAUCAGCUUCGUCACCGGCGAGGCCAACGAACGGUGCCGCAUGCAGCACCGCAAGACCGUCAACGCCGAAGACAUCGUGUGGGCCCUAAACCGCCUCGGCUUCGACGACUACGUCGUCCCCCUCAGCAUCUUCUUGCACCGCAUGCGCGACCCCGAGGCGGGGACAGGUGGUGCCGCUGCAGGCGACAGCCGCGCCGUGACGAGUGCGCCUCCCCGCGCGGCCCCGCCCGUGAUCCACGCCGUGCCGCUCCAGGCUCAGCGCCCGAUGUACGCGCCUCCGGUGUUAGUACUAAUCUUGUGCAUGUAGUUAGUUGGUUAGUGGAUUGACUGGCGGGGUCAUGCGUGUAUGCGUUAGAUGGAUAAGUAGAUGUGUGUGUGGCGUAGUGGUCACGGUAGCUAGGCUAUUAGGAGUGGCCGGUGGAGCUGGCCGCGUUGCUCGCAUGGCGCGCGUCGUGCGCAUGGCCGGUUCGCCCGCUGCAUGCAGCGGAGGGCUAGCUACGAGGAAACGUAAGGGCUGCGUCGCUGGGCGUCUACAAAGCCACGGCUGCCAGUGUGUAUUUUUGGUGAGCUGAGCACGUGCUCAGGAAGAGAAAAAAGGAUGCCGUUCGAGCGGCGGGUGGCGUAUGUGCGCCUGAAAAACACUUGGGUCUCUGUCCUUCUUCCUUCUCCUUCCUUCUUCUUCCUCUGGUGAUCUAGUUCAGAGAGAGAGAAAGGUGCAGCGAGAGCGAGAGCGAGAGCAAGGGCAUAGCCACGGCAACAACACCCGGCUCCGGUGCAGGUUCAGAAUCAGAUGCAGCGGCCCGUGUAAGCUCCCCCGACUCCGGUGCAGGUUCAGAAUCAGGUGCAGCGGCCCGUGUACGCUCCCCCGGCUCCGGUGCAGGUUCAGAUGCAGCGGGGCAUCUAUGGGCCCUGGGCUCCAGUGCACGGGUACGCCGUCGGAAUGGCGCCCGUGCGGGCCAACGUCGGCAGGCAGUACCAGGUGUUCGGCGGAGAGCGUUUCAUGGCCCAGCAAUACUACGGGUACGGGUACAAGGAAGGAGCGUACGGCGCAGGUAGCAGCAACGGAGGAGCCGCCAUUGGCGACGAGGAGAGCUCGUCCAACAGCGUGCCGGCGCCGGGGGAUGGCACGGGGGAGCCAGAGCCAGAGCCAGCAGCAGAAGAAUCGCAGGACAAGCCCGUCCAAUCUGGCUAGCCGCGUGGGCGGCGCGCGUUAGCUUCUGCGUCCUGUGUACUGUAAUAAUUUGCCGUGUCGAUCCGGCCAUGGUUUGUGUGUGCGUAGUGCUUACCUAAUGUGGGCUUGUCCUCUAGUAAUUCAUGUACUGCUUAUCUAAUGUGGGCUUGUCCUCUAGUAAUUCAUGUACUCUUUGCAAUUGAAGUUAUCGUCGCUUAAUUUGGUUUUGCUUAA